UGGACUUGUCCAAUGGCAACGAGGGCAAUAUAGCGCGAUCUUCAUCGACUGAACCGUCCACGGUACUCUACAUGGAUGCUGGCUCGUCAGCUGACGAAGGCGGCGAGCCGAGCGAUCUCGAAGAGGACCCGCGGACUCCCUUCGCCGGCACGCCACUCACUGAAAACGCGAACCAUCACUCAUCGAGCCCCUCUACGAAUCUAUCCAAGGCGAUGCCCAUUCCGUCCUCAGGACCAUCUAGAUCUCUCGGCCAUGGCGUGUACGCUGCCACGCACUCCGGAAGGGACUACUUUCGAUCGGGCCGCCCCGAGCGAUCGACUUCCCUCGACCACCCGUCAAUGCCCGGGGACAUUUACGAACUCAAAAAGAGGCUCAGGCAGUCUGCGAGGCCUGUCACUACGCCAGGCAGGGAACCGGUACAAGGCAGGUCGCAGGCCCAGGUUGCAGGCACCGACGUUUAGCGCAUGCUCGCUCGUAGCCACGAUAUUUUCAUUCGCGAGCGCUUUUACUGCGAACAGCAGCUAUAUGAGGUAGAAAAUGAGCUCGUCGUGCUCGUUCAAUCGCCAGUCUCGGUGGCAGGGACGGCACGGCUUAAUUUCUGCUGGCGUCAUCAGCUGGCGUUGCGUUUGUCCGCGUGGACACGGAGCGAUAUGACAAGUCGAAAAACCGACUGAAUAUGCCAGAUGUUAGCGCCAGCGCUUUCUACCGGCGUCAGCAGCUAGCAUUAGUCACGUUCAUCUGAAUGCGGAAGUAGCGUGUUGCACUUCGUCCCCCAUGACCGCUGGAUAAAUGCGUGGACCAUCGUAGUAAUACCACGCGACGGCGUUUAUAUGCGGCACAUUCCGAAUCGUUCGAAACAAGCCGGAGCCCGUUUUCGGUGAGGGCGAUUCGCUGGUGAGUGGAAGGGAACCCACACCGAGCACCAUCUCACCUUUUCUCUUUCCAUUAAUGCAACACACCGGCUAUGCACCAUCGCGGGAGACAACUUGCGUGCCUCGAAGACACCCUUUGCCGGUGCAAUAACGCGAUUCGGCUUCAUAGC